UAUCGAGCCUUGCUUAUCCUGGUCCUGUGUUGUGUCCCCUGCGCUGUCUAACGCUGUCCAACGCUGUCCGACGCUGUCCGACGAGUCUGCCUUGCAGAGAGCACCACUAAGCGUUGUGCAACUCUGGUCGCGUAUUAUUUAACAUCGACCGCUGGGACCUCCCCAGUCGGGCAACUGCUCUCGCCCUUUGCGACUAACCACCCAACUGCAAAACGUUUCUUGCGAUGGCGUUUCAUCAGCCUACACGUCAGAGCGCUCAGCGGCUCUUCCGCCCCGAACCUGAGGAUGAGACUCAGCAGGCUCCCCAGCUGACCCCUCAACCCGCCGAAGAUCCCCAGACCUGGGUUCUCUUCUCCCCCGCUACCGACGCUGGUACUACGACGUCUUACCUGACGUCGUCCCACCAGACCAAUACCACUCCGGGCCGCUCGCGGUUGAGCGACAUCGGGAGCUUUGAUCCCGUCGCCCGACCAGGCUCCGGCGCCGAGCCAUCACGACCCGCAAAUUCCGCCAGUGACGCAAUCCAGGACGAGGAGGACGCCGAGCUGGACAGCCUCGACAGCCACCUCCCCGAAUUCCGCUCUACACCUGAUUUCUACGACUCACCCCCUGCUCUCCCCCACGCCACACCCGUUGUCCCCGCCCACGACGGCUUGGGCUCCUUCCGACCAGACCAGGGCGCGAUCGGUGCCGACAUGCAAGAGCGCAUCUACGCCUUCGAACAGUACAAUCCUCACCGCGUGAAGAGACAUGACGGUCUCGACCUAGCUCAGAUCGACCUUGAAGAUGAGAGGAUACAGGAGAUGGAAAAGCUGAGGAGGAUAGAGACCUGGCGACUAGAGCACAGCCGGUACCUCUUGGAAGAGAUACAGAAGGAGACCCGCAGAAGACGACGAUCCAUCGCCAACAUUUCGAUACCCGAUAAGCCGGAGCAGAAAGUGGACGAGGUAGCGACGCCGAUCACGACGGAUGAUAUGGCAAGUAGUACGAUGGAUCAUUCGCAAGAUUGGCACGAACGCGAUGAGAGCGAACCCGAGACGGAUCGCGAGAGCAUCUGGGGGCGCAUUACUCGGAAGGUCAUUCGUGACCUGAUGGGGAUCGACGACAAGCUGCUUGCCAUAUUAUUUGGCGAAGCUCUCCCCGACGAAGAGGACCUCGCUUGGACGCCGAGGGCCUCGGUUACACCGAGGCUAGGCCAGCCCACGGACAUGGCCAGGGGAGACGGUGCGGCUGAAGCCGAUUCCGGAUGGCAGCUCAAGAUGCUAGAACGAGUCGCGACGGAGCUAGGCCACCUCAUCAACCGAAUCUCCGAACAUCCCGGGGCCUUUUCCACUUUCAGCCGAGUGCAGCAGAUGCCUCUUCCGUACGCCGGCCUCGCCUCCAUACCCGAGGGCACCGUCGACACCACGCCUGGCACCGGGGCGAAAGCGAGCGAGCCGUCGGUAGCGAUGCCCGAAUUCCGACCGACGAUCGGCGCCCACGCACGGCCGACGGACGGACCCCACGUCGGCCGCCCGCUCGGCCCUGGUGCGCCUAGCUCGCAGGCGAAGACGGAAACAUCCGGGGCGGCCUUUACGCAGGAAGAGUGGGAGCAGGACCUGGACGUGAGGCUCGUGUUCCGGUAUCUCCGGUCGCGCUUCAUGCCGCGGUCCAACAGCAGCGCGGCGAUGGCCGGCACGCCUAGCCUCAGCGCGUCGAGCGCGCAAGACGUGGCGGCCAAGGCGGCGCGAGUGCGCCAGCACCACCCGCUGAUCUCGAGGUCGCGGCCGGCGGACCGGCGCAAGUCGAAGGCGGCAGUGCCUUCGAACCCGCUGCCGGCGUUCAAGUACGCGGGCAGCUGCGCCAGCCACAGCACGCGGAGGUCGGUGAGGCGGAGCAGCUGCUCGUCGUCGCGGCACUACUGGGACAUCGGCGGCUCGGUCGGGACUGGCUCGAUGAUCGCCACGACCGGGCCAAUGGGAAGCUGGGGCGAAGUGUAGAGACGGGAUUGGGUCUCGCCAACAUGCUGUACAAAUACUAUCACACCUAUCUUAGGCGUCGGCGGCAUAAUAGGGCCGUCUGGGUCGGUCUUACUUGUCUGCACAGGCAUACACAUAUACACAUUACAAAUGCAUCACGUUUACACAUAACCAUGCCUAACACUACUCAUA